AUGUUUACAUCUUCUAGCCGCACCUUUAACCAUCUCUUGAACAAGAGAAUCAUAGCGUCGCAUGGUCGACGAUGGCUUUCUACCGAAGCGUUGGCAACUUCUCGGGCUGGAAAUAAAACAUUUUAUUGUCUUCUUUCUGGAGGCGUUGGACUAGGAUUGCUCAUGCAGAAUGAGCCAAACUAUGUUUCCAUGGCAGCGCGUGUCCCAUCUUCUGGUGACGUAUUGUCCGUUGGGAUGCCUGUGAUGGAAGAAGCCACCGGAAUUGCUUUUCCUCAGCUCUGCAACGGGUUCCGUCUCGUCGGACAGGGCGUGAGAGUAAAGUACGUCUUUGUAAAGGUGUAUGCAGUUGGCACAUACAUGGAUCCUGUCGCCAUGAUGGCAGUAAAGAAAGGAUCUGCUGCGGAUAUCCAGAAGGCCCUACUUGAUCCCACUUACCCUCGAACCAUUCGAAUUGUCAUGAAUCGUGGCUUGAGCAUUGAAAAGUACACUUCUGCAAUCGUCGAAGCCCUGGAACCUCGAAUGAAGGGAGAAGAAUUGGAAAAGCUGGAGGAAUUCAAGAAACUUAACCCAUCUGUUGAUCUCGUAGAAGGUGCUGAGAUUGAAAUGACUAUCAGAGGUGAUACUCUGCUGUAUAAGAAUGCAGUUGGUGGAGUGGGAUCUUUGCAAUCUCAGCGCUUCGUUGAAGCAUUGUGCGACGUUUACUACGGCGAGGAUCCCGCCAGCCCUAGUCACAAGGAUAGUGUCUUGGAGGGUGUCUGCAAGUUAUAA